AUGACGACAGAGAAUGUGCCCGACGAACAAUUUUGCCGGUUUAUAUCUUCUCUUCACUGCGACGAAACCACCCAAGAUUUAACCCAACCAAAACAAGGAAGCUUGAAGAUGGUCUCCUCUGCACUUUACAUACCCAAAGAAGAUACUCGGUUCCCCGAAGGCGAAGACGCUUUAUUCUUCUGCGAUAAAAUGCAGACCAUCGGCGUCGCCGACGGCGUCGGAGGCUUCUCGUUAAAAGGCGUCGACGCAGGGGAAUACGCUCGACAGCUCAUGAAAAACUCCAUAGUCGCACUCGCCGAUGAGCCUCGAGGAGCUGUAAAUCCCAAAAGAGUAUUGAAAGAAGCUUUUAGAAACACCAAGGCGAAAGGCGCAUCCACCGCUUGCAUCAUCACACUCCGAAACGACGACACUUUGUUAGCCGCCAAUCUCGGUGACAGCAGGUUUAGGGUUUUCAGAGACGGAAAGUGCAUAUACGAGUCGCCGACUCAGCAACAUUACUUUAAUUGUCCGUACCAGAUGGGGAAUUCGAGAACGUCCGAUCGGCCGAGUGACGCCGAAGAGUUGACCGUGAAAGUGAUGGCCGGAGAUAUUGUGAUCGCCGGAACAGAUGGGUUAUUCGACAAUAUAUACAAUGUGGAGAUUGAGAAGAUAUUGAGUCAGUUUCAAAAAGGUGAUGAGAAGAUAUGCCCGAAGAAAUUGGUUUCCACCAUUCUUGAUGUUGCUUACUACAAUUCUCAUGACAAGAACUAUUGUUCUCCUUUCGCAGAGGCUGCAAUGGACCCAGAUAUUUGUGGAGGAAAAGUUGAUGACAUUUCGAUGAUUGUUGGAUUGAUUCAGCCAGUAGAUUAG